AUCCUGUAAACAGAGCGGCCCGCGGGAGACAACUUCUGCUUCCGGGUCACGCCUUGACAGCGGCUUUCACCACCCAGGUCAGCCCCGAGGUUCGCAAAGUAUAGAUACAGACUCUUGUCUCUGAGGAGUUUCAUGGCUGUUGGAGAGAUUAAAAAGCAGUUUGGAGCAUGUGAACAUACUUUGAUCCUUGAUGAGUUCCAGUAUGUGGUAUAUUAUGCAGAGCAUUCAGAGCAAAUACUCUCUCUCAGAGCGCUUAAUCCGAACAAUCGCUGCCAUUCGCUCCUUCCCACAUGACAAUGUAGAGGACCUCAUCAGAGGGGGAGCAGAUGUGAACUGCACCCACGGCACGCUGAAGCCCCUGCAUUGCGCCUGCAUGGUGUCAGAUGCCGACUGUGUGGAGUUACUCUUGGAGAAGGGAGCUGAGGUGAAUGCCCUGGAUGGUUAUAACCGAACAGCCCUCCACUAUGCAGCCGAGAAAGAUGAGGCUUGUGUGGAGGUCCUGUUGGAGUACGGUGCAAACCCCAAUGCACUGGAUGGCAACCGAGACACCCCGCUUCACUGGGCAGCCUUUAAGAACAAUGCCGAGUGCGUGCGGGCGCUCCUAGAGAGCGGGGCCUCUGUCAACGCCCUGGAUUACAACAAUGACACUCCGCUCAGCUGGGCUGCCAUGAAAGGAAAUCUUGAGAGCGUCAGCAUCCUUCUUGAUUAUGGCGCAGAGGUCAGAGUCAUCAACCUGAAAGGCCAGACACCCAUCUCCCGCCUGGUGGCUCUGCUUGUCAGGGGACUUGGAACAGAGAAGGAGGACUCUUGCUUUGAGCUCCUCCACAGAGCUGUUGGACACUUUGAAUUAAGGAAAAAUGGCACCAUGCCACGAGAAGUGGCCAAAGACCAGCAGCUUUGUGAAAAACUGACUGUUCUGUGCUCAGCCCCAGGGACUCUAAAAACACUCUCUCGCUAUGCUGUGCGUCGGAGCCUUGGACUCCAGUAUCUGCCGGAUGCAGUGAAGGGCCUUCCACUGCCAGCUUCUCUGAAGGAAUACCUGUUACUUGUAGAAUAGCCUGGAGGAGACGUUUGACCAGCAUACUGGCAGCUCUGGAUGAGGUUUUGCCCUGCAGUACUGUCUCUGUCUUAGAAAACAGGAAAAGCACUUGUUCCUGUUGUGUGGUUCAUAUUUAUGAGGCAACAUGUCACAACAGUAACCUCCACAUCACUUCCCCUCUCCAGCCAAGCAACCAAACAAAAAACCCCUCAUUCUUGUUUCUGUUUUUUGCUUCCUUGGCUUUUUAUAUUGCCCCCCUGCAAAAGAAGAGGUCUCCUAUCCCUCCCCUUUAGUGAAAAAGUCAACAGUGCAACUAAAUUUUUCUAGGAAGAUGAGGAGUAUUUAUAGAAUAUGCAUUUGGUUUUCCUUUGGGAUAUGAUUAACGUUUCAGAAGAAUCCCUCUAGAAACAUUGCAGUUCAUCUCUGAAGAAGUUUAAGAAAAUGUGGGUAACAAUUCCAGCCUGAAGAUGAAAAUACGAAACAACUGCAGACGGUGCGCAGGUUCUGAGUUGGGCUAGAUGAUAUCCCUAGAAUGCCAUUAUGGGCACUCAGAGGGGACCCUCGCCUCAAAGAGAGGCGCAGUCUUUGCUGCUUUUCCUUGGGUUUGUUGCGGGCUAACAGUAGUUCAGCAAUGUUGUUUCAGGAAGAUUGUCUUGCUGCUUUCCAGAUAAAAGCCCUAGGAACUUUUCUUUCUAAGGCAGCUCUUUCUUUCCCUAAAAGCCAGUUUGCCGGAAUGGGCUUGGCAGGCACUUUUUUUUUUUCCCAGGAAGGGGCUGGGCAGGGCUGCCCUUUAUCAUGGGCCUUUUUUCCCUAUGGGAAGCUCACGCUGCUAAGAGUUGGAGUUAUUCUUUUCAGCUGUUUGGAAACUGCUUUUCUGAUCUAUACAGGACAUUGGUGGAAGGGGCAGCGUUGGGGAGCAGGGGAAAGAGCAUUAUAGGAGCUUCCUCUGAGAUGGCUCACCUAGGCAAAAAAGAUCUGUUUUAGUGAAUGAUGCUCUAUAGUACUUUCCCUUUUCAUGUUCCUAAACCAGAUCAAGUUGUUAUUGAUCUUAGAUGACCUCAUGAAAAUUAGAAAAACUUUUUUUUAAUUGAUUGGGAAAUAUAAAUAAAAGUGAACAGAAUCUGCUGACACAGCUAAUUCGGAAAAAUAUGUCUGCUUUUGUCCUUUUGCUAUUGGUGUUUUUUGCUCACUUAAAAAAAAAAUAAACAGUUCUAAAAGCAA